CAGAGCGAGGAUGACCUCCCUAAUCGCCCUAUUUUCAAUCUUCAUUCUUUGCGCUAGCGUGAAGUGUGAUAUUAUCACGACGACAAUUAAACCCCAGAGUGCAAUGAUUUUGAAGGAAAAUAACAGUCGUUCCUUGGAGAAAGAAACACCGUGGUCAAAGUAUACGGAAAAGCUGGAAGACAAUAAAAUAAAUAAGAAUACAAUGGAAACGUUCAACAAACGAAAAUCCAAAUUCUUAGGAAGUCUAGCUUUUCUAGCUGGACUUGGUUUUGGUGGACUCGCCAGUCAAGCUGCAUCGUCAACUGUGAAAGCUUAUGCAAAGUUUCCUCAAGCAUCAAUAGCCAUGAACUUUGUUCCUUCGAAACAAGGACCUUAUUUAGCUGCUUAUUACGAGCCUUAUCCUUUUGUCCAUAAUCCUUAUUUUUAUCAUUCUCCUUUGGGAUUCUAUCCUUUAGUCGAUCCUUCCAAAUUACAAUCCCUCAUUGGUGGAUCAUCUCAACAAAAUGGAAUCAAUCGUCCGACUCAAAUUAUUACUUUAUUCGACGAUAAGCGGCCUUCCGAUUCUGAUUCCGAUGAUAGCGAGGAAGAAUACAUAGUUGAAAAAACAAAAACAGAUAAAUCGACAAUCGACAGUGUUUAUAAUAAACAACAGACAGAAGGAGAGGUAAGAAUUUAA